AUGGACCACUGGAGUGCUGUGGUGGGUUCCAAAGUUCAGCUGGACAGAGAAGAUAGUAUCCAACAUAAAACUGCUGGGAGACUCUCAGGGGAACUUUUAGUCCUGGGAGCAAGUAAAGGCACAGCUUGUAUGGAGAAGGUGAAUGAAGAAUUACUUUUCACCACGCUGUACAAAAACCAGAGGAUGUUGAAUGGAACUUGCAAGGAUCUCAUUCAGAACACACAGACAGGCACCAUGUACGAUGACAAGGCUGAUAGCUCAAAUGAUGCUGGAGCAGCUAGUAAACCUGCAGAGAUGCCUACACAGAGAAGAAAACGGAUCUCCACUGUGCCCAAUCUUGCCAAACCCAGAGCUGGACCAUCAUCUGCUCAACAUUCUCCAUCAAAAGAGGAGAGGCAAGCAUCACAGGCUCCUGAUGGCAGUGCUUCGCUUCAGAAGGAUUCCUCUCCAUCAGAAAAGAGUAAUGUUGAAAGGUCUUUAAAGUCUUCUAUGCUGCCUGAAAAGAAAACACCCGUGCCACAAGUGCCACAGUUUUCCCCACUAAAAAAAUCAGUGAACAAAGAACAAACUGUAGGUGUCACUGCUCAAAAAAAUGAUGAUACCUUGCAGAAGAAUGUACCCUCCCCACUCAAGGAGAGACCAACACAGGAAAGAACAGGAACACAAGAGGAAAAGCUACCUGUGAAACUUAUUCCUGUAAAAGAGAAACAAACAUGUUCAGACCGUGAAAGGAUCCUUAAAGCUCGGAAGUUAAGAGAAAUGCUUAAAGAAGAGCUGAAGAAAGAGCGGAUGUUGUGGAGGCACAGACCUCCAAUAAUUGAAGGACGUUCCCCACCAGACCGUUCUAAAAUGACCAUGAGAGACUUGAUAUACUAUCUGCCAGAAAACAAUCCUAUGAAGUCUUCAUUGGCAGAAGAAAAGAGAGAAAAAAAUUCUGCACUGAGUCAAAUGAAAGAACAGGAAGAGAAAAGUACCCCUGAUCCUGAAGAGGAAGAUGAGGAGGAAGAAGUAGAGAAUGGGGAGGAGAGUCAGGACGGUCCACUUCUAGUUCCUCGUGUGAAAGUAGCAGAAGAUGGUUCAAUUAUUCUGGAUGAAGAAAGUUUAACUGUAGAAGUUCUAAGAACAAAAGGUCCAUGUGUUGUAGAAGAAAAUGAUCCCAUAUUUGAGCGUGGCUCUACAACUACGUAUUCCAGCUUCAGGAAAAGCUUUUACACAAAACCAUGGUCAAAUAAAGAAACAGACAUGUUCUUUUUAGCAAUCAGUAUGGUAGGAACAGACUUCUCCUUGAUUGGACGGCUGUUUCCUCAUAGAGCCAGAGCAGAAAUUAAGAACAAGUUCAAACGUGAGGAAAAAGUUAAUGGAUGGAGGAUAGACAAAGCUUUCAAAGAAAAGCGGCCCUUUGAUUUUGAAUUCUUUGCCCAGCUGCUUGAGAAGGUCUUAGCAGAUGAGGAAAAGAGGAAGCAAAAGACUGUUAAAAGCCAGAAGCCAAAGGAAAAGAAGCCGUCAAGGCCUCGGAAGAAGCCUAAAGGUACUUCAGAAGAAUGCUUGAGAUAUCAUUACAGAGCAGUGGUCAGUAAUGUGGUGCUAGCAGAGCAAAAAAUCACACAGGAAAUCUUUUCCUUCCCUGUUCGGGACAGUGAAGAGAGGAUCCUGGCUUCACAGUGCAGCUCCUUCAGAUGUAAUUUACUGAUACAAGGGAUGGUAAUAAUUGGUAGCAGCCAGCUUCCUGAGGCAGAAGAACAGGUUGCAUUAGAGCCAGCAUUAGCAAAAAAGAAGAGAAAGAAGAAGAGAAAAGAUGAUCUUGAACAGGAAGUGGAGAAUCUUCCAGAGGAAAUGGCCGUCCCUUCAAAAAUUGCUGAAGAAGGGGAAUCCUCUAAGAAAAAAAAAAAAAAGGUACGAAAUGAUGAUGGUCAUACUACCUGUAGAGAAGAACUGGGUAGUGUUAUUGAAGGAAAACAAGAUGAGACUGCUGUUACAGAGGAAGAGAGAUCAGAGUCCUGUUUAUCAGUGAAUGACAUAACAGAGAGAGAAAGCGAUGUCAAUUUAUGCAGCUUUGAAGAUAGCAAUGAUGUUAUACUAGAAAUGGAGUCUGCUAAACUGAGAACCCUAGAUGUUAGACGUGAUAGAUCACAGGAAAGCCAGAUUUCAGAGUUAGCGGUUUCAAAGAUUAGAAGCAAAGAAAGUCAAUCUGAAGAAACUAGAGAAACAAAG